AUGUCGACGUACAAACGACUACCGACGGGUAAUAAGUAUCUGCCAAAAUUUCUUCAACAACCAAUUUCUUCGUCUAUUAUAUCUCUACCAUCUAUCGACCAGUUUCAAUUAGACUAUAUAAUAAACAAUAUAUUACCAGAUGAGGCAGAGGAUCUUAUUCAUAACCUUUUAGCAGUUUCCAACAAUCUCAAAAAUGACCUUCGAGCGGAGAUCAAGUACAAAUUGUCAGUAGAACAGAAGAUUCAAUUCAAAAAUAUUGCAAUCUGCAAACAGGCAGACGAACUACAUCAGAAGAUCAAAAAGAGGAAAAAGAAAUUGGCAGCACAAGUUUAUUUAAACAGUGGUGGAGAAGACAUUGGAAGGAAAUUAUUGGAUGCUGGUACAAGAACUAAAAAAUUGAUCCAAAAACUUCAAGCGAUUGAGAAAAAUAGGGGUCAGCUGGUUAAAAGACUGAAGUACCACCUUUCCAACUUAAAACUCGAAAAUGAGACAGCACCAGAGGAGAUUGUUGAUAACAGCAAUAGUGACACCGAGAGAGCUCGUAAAGUGUCUUCUAUUGAAGAACCACUUGUUCCAGUUGCUGUAAAGGAAAACGAGCAUGCACUUGUUGAGGUGCCCCAACGAGAAGCUAACCAUGCACUUGUUGAGGUGCCCCAACGAGAAGCGAACCAUGCACUUGUUGAGGUGCCCGAACGAGAAGUUAACCAUGCACUUGUUGAGGUGCCCCAACGAGAAGCUAACCAUGCACUUGUUGAAGGUAAAGAUAGUAGCCAUGUGAUUCCUCAUGAAUCAACACCUCCAGAGGAUGGAAAAGAGGCAAAAGAAGAAGAAGAAAAUUUCGAGUCCAAUUUUGAAACAUUCAUGUCAACCACUAUUUCCAAAUAUAGGGACUUAAAAACUAGGAAACACUCCACUGAUGAUAGCAGCACUCUCAAUGGCAGUAUAGCCACAAAGUCGACUAUCGCUCCCUCUCCCAUGAAUAAUCCACUACAUUUGCUUUAUUCGCAAUUAAUAACCAAUCCCAAGUAUAUAAAUCCAAUAUCAAAACCGAUUCCAAAACACCUAAAUCUCCCAUACAAAUCGUCGCCCACUAUUGAAGCCACGUCUCAAACAACACAUUAUAAGAAACUACGAAUAAAUGGGAAUCUUCUUGAUACUAAUUAUUUUAAACGUUUGCAACUACGAGAAACUCAACAAGCGGCGGCAGCAGCAGCGGCGGCGGCGGCGGCGACAGCGACAGCAGCGACAACAGCGACAGCAGCGACAGCAUCAGUUGAUCAAGAGUUUGAUGAAAUUACUGACCAAACCGGUGAAGAUGUUUGGAACUCAUCGGGAAUGGGUAUUGAUGAGAAUAGUCAAAACGGGACUCUUACACUGGAUGAAUCAAUCAGCGGAAAGUCAAAUAAUUUCAUAGAAGACUCAUUAUCUUCUUCUUCAGAUGAUGAUGAUGAUGAUGAUGAUGAUGAUGAUGACGAUAAAACAACCACUAAUAAAUACUUCAACCUUGUGAAACAGAAGGCUAAACGUAAAAGUAAAAAAUCAAUACAAAAAGAACAAUCGCCUACUCCAAAACACAAACCAUCACAUCAUAUCUUAAAGCCCAAGAGGUCGAUUUUGAAAACAAGCAAUGGAUUCCUGCAAAGGAAGCAACCAAGUUGCAGUCAUCACACGUAUAUGGUGGAAACAAGCGCUCUAUCAGAAGUGAGCAAUGCCUAUGGAUCUAUGCGGCAAAGUUCGAUCACUGACUUCAAUGCACAGGGGACAAUUGUAAGUAGGGGGGACGCAAACACAAAAGUUACAUCUGAUGACAGAGGUAAUUGCAAGGAUAAAAAAUCCGAUGCCGACGAAAGUGACACUAAUAAAAAUAAUUACUCAACAUCACAAUCCGUCUCACUUUUAAAGAACCUCAUCUAG